AAAACAAUCAAAAAAUGAAUACAAUUAUUUAUUGUAAAGGUUGAAACAAGUCUUUAAAUUAGCUUUAAAAGAAAAAGUUAUCAAUACAAUUUAGUAAAUAGUGAUUUUUUAUUGACAAUCAAUUUUAAAGACUCUUUCAGGAGAUCAAUAUCAUACGGGUUUGUGUUUAUUCUUUAUUUCGCAUUAAAAUUACAAUAUGGUAGAACAACAUAACAUACUAUGGACAGCCAAAUUACUCAAAAUCAAAUCAAGAAAUAUGUGAAUAGAUCAUUAAAAACAUAAUGGAAUAGUUGAUUGAACAUGUAAUCAUUAAAUUAAUCACUAAACUACUUCAUAAAUUGAAUCAUUAUUUUGUGUCCUAUCAGUAAGCUUCGUCUCUUUUCAUUUUCAAGGUUAUGGUUAUCGUUACUGGAAAUGCAUCACAUAUGUUGAGAGGAGUUAAUUAUGGAAGAUGAUGUCCUACCUGUCGUGGAGUGACGUGCCAAUAACCAUAACCCUGUAAAAAUAACAAGACGAAGCUCGAGUUUAAAUGAAAAAUCAACCCAAAGAUAAUGCUAAGAUAAAGAUGGACUUAAACUGGUGCUAAAAUGAAAUACAAGGAGAUUUUAUUUAUUUAUUUAGGACUAGUCAUUUAAUGAUUAAUUUAAUUAUUAUUUAUUUUUUAACAGUUUCAAUAUGUAUUUGAAGAUUUAUCUAAAUAUUUAUUUCAUGAUUUAAUUUUGAGUAAUUUGUCCCUCCAUACCACACAAUCAACAGUAUACGGAAAUCUAAAGGCCUGGGUGUUAAUAUUAAACAUAAUAAUAGGCUAAUGAUAAUAAUACAUUAUUAUUCUUAUAAUAAAUUAUCAUUAUAUAAAUAAAUUAUGAAUAAAAAAAUAAAUACAAAUAAUAACAAAAUAAAUAUAUAUUUAAUAUAUUAUUACAAUAUUAUACAAAUAUAAAUCAUAGGGUUUUUAGUUGAUGGAUAAUGACAUACAAAUGCGCGAGCUCACCGAUUGGUUACGCUGCGGAAGUUUGUCACAUUGUUUACAACUCAACCGGAUAUGGGUUUUAUGUAAGGGGAAACGUAAUGAAUUCCUCAGUGUGACUAAAUAACAACCGCUUUCUUCUUGUUUAUUUGCAGCUUAUACAUGAUAUUAGUGUACUACCAACCAUCUAGUAUUACAGUAAGUGUUAAUGUCGUUCAACUGCCAAACUGCAUAAAAGGACUAUUUUGAAUAUGGUGUCAUUACAUAUUAUUAAUAAAACAACAGCCAAGGCAAUGCAACACUGUUUCAGUGCAGCUAAUAGUUGCCAUGAUUUAUGAAAUAACCCUGUUUUCGGUUCAUAAAUUAAUUUCAUUUUCGGUUUUACCAAAAACGAGAAGUGUCUCAUAUUGAAAUCCAGCCACUGUCAUUCAGUGUGAGUCAUGACAACGUUGAGCAGUAAAUCUGCGGAGGAGAUCAGAUGGAUGCUGGAUGAUUAUGGAAUUAAACAUGGCCCUGUGGUCGACUCCACCAGAGCUCUUUAUGAGAAGAAGUUGAGAGAAGCCAUGGCUAAACAGAGAAAAACCAAACCUCAAUCAGACAGGACAUAUUACAGAGAGGAGGCAGAGCUUACCUAUGUUCAUCAUCAUAGACCACAACGAUAUGAUGCUGUGAGCCAUAGAGCGAGGUCUAAUUAUAGAGGGAUGGACUACACAGAUGAGCCUGCCAUAUAUAGGACACAGGCUUCACCAUUCCUCAAUGUGUCACAGGCAAGGAACAUGCCAUUUGAGCCUGAGAAACCAAACAUAUUAGAGAGCAGUUCAACACGCUGGGUUCCAGUCUGGUUACAAAUAUUAGUGUUUCUGAUUGUGUCUGGACUUCUGUACCUGAUUUUCAUAAAUAUGGAACCAGCUGAGCCUGUUAAAAGACUGACAUAGGUGCUGUUAUAUAAUCAACUGUUACACUUUGAAGUAAGAACAUGUUCAGUUUGACUGGUGCUUUUUAACAUCCUGGAGAUUUGUAUUUGUAUGGUAUUUAAGGUAUAUUUAAACUUCCCUUUAGUUGUUGGCAGCUGGUAGCAUACUGUUUGUUGAAAAACCCUUUUGUGUGUAAUUUUUUUUUUUUAUCAAAGAAUAGUAAGCUGACUGUAAUUCUCUUGUCAAUUUCAGGGAAGUGUGUGUUACAGGAUGCACCUGUUAGAGGGUUAUUUAGAUAUCUCAAGACAUUUGAUAAAACUUGUGUUUUUAGUUUUUUCUUGGGCUCAUUAAAGAUUAGUGUGUAAUUUGACUCCUACUUAACUUUUUAUUAAAUGUACACAGAAAAGGCAUUAAAUUAGCACAAAUUCUUGGCCAUUUUUACAAAUUAAAGACACAAUUACUGGAUUUAGUGUUCAUUCUCGUACAAUCAUAUGCCAUUUUUGCUUUUGUGGAUACAGCGUGUUUUUGUAAAUGUAUUAUACAAGCUUAUCUGGGUUGGUAAUUUCAAACCUACUAGUCUCUACCUGUGGAUUAAUUAUAUUUAUCUUUUCUUUCUUACAAAUAGAGUGUAUAUAGUGUUCCCAACUGUUUGUCUUCUCUAGGCAUUGCAGUGCUGCUUAGAAUGUUACGGAUAUGCCUAAUAUUCACUAAAACUUUUGUGGUAUAAAUACUUGUAGUUCUGUUGUAUUUCUAAACAUGAAAAAACUCUGCUGCAUUACAAAGGUAUGCAUGUAAAUGAUUACUUUUGUCUGCUUCAGCAAAUCUGGUGAUUGAGAGAGCCCAUUUUUGUGUCUAAUACAAAAACAUGAACAAACCAGACAAAAAUACACAAUGUAAUAAUGCUAUCACAGUUGUUAAGUGACCUAUAUUAGGGUGGUUGUUCCCAGCUGUGAUUAACCAAACAUUGUUCACACAAGAUCUUUAAAAACAACUGUAGUAGAAAAAAAUAAAUAUAUCAUUUUAAAUUAUAAAGCCUCUCAGAUUACAAAGACAAAAAAAACAAAAACAUUUCACAGUUUUUGUCUUUACGUGCAACAAUGUGGGAAGACCUCAGGACAGGUCAAACAUGGUUCCUCUAAAAACCAAAAGCCCUUUUUAACCUUGGUAGUGCAACAGCUAGUGUUACAGUGUCACCUCAUUUUCAACUUCAGUGAUGUCAGCAUUUACUUAUGGCAAAUGUUACAACUCUCCCAUCUCCAGUAAAAACAUUUGGAAAAAAAAAAAAAAAA